AUUCAUUGUAACGUAAAACAUCAGUUGAUUAAGACAUGUGAAACCUAGAAUGAACGAGGAAAAUACCAAAAUAAAGCUCUACUACUGUUAGCCCACUGAUAUAAUACCGCUUUGCCCAUAUCUACGCUGUCAUUUGGUGGUUAAUAAAUAAGCUUGUCAAUUAUUUUUGUUGAAUUGAUCUAGGCCCGGUUAUUUCCAUUCGCACGCUCAUAGACAAAAAUUAAUUUUAUCAAUACUAAAGUCAAAUGGACUACCGAGAUAGUAACGGGUACUUUCAAGAAGACGUGUUAAGAUUACUCGGGCGAUCGGGAACAACACUGAGCACGUCUGGCGCAUUUAUUGAAACGCCAGCUCUGCCCACUACGGCCCAGCCAUUGACAUACCGCAGCAUUCGUAGUGGGAACUUUGUCGAAGCCAAUGAUACACUCUCCGAGACAAACAGCGAAGACAUUGGCUAUACGGACGACGAGAGCGACGCUUCGGUGACAUCUUCCUUUGACAUGGAGUCCGAGUGGGAGGAGGUCAAACAGGUUCUGUACACGACCUUUAUUGGCAUGUUAAUGCCCGUUGUAUUCCGGUAUGUCGGACGGCGGUUGACAUUCUCUCUGUGGACCAGUUUUCUCAAAUCGUACUUUAAAUCCCACUAAUUUUGAAGCGAAAAAGGCCUUGUAUUUUCACUUUGAAGCAAAAAGAUUGCCCUCCGGGAAAAAAAAUGGUGUGCGUCAAUAUUUUGUUAUUAUGCUCAACAAAAGCCGCAAAUAUAUGCGAGUGCAUUUGUGAGUCACUGCCGUCAAGUUUUGCGGGCCUGGGUUUAUUUGACAAACCCUGUCUGGGCUAUUUGUGAGCAAUCGAAGCGAUUGACGCAUUAGAAAAAUACAAAAAAAAGUUUUGAGUGUGGAGGGAGGGACAAAGUGACACACCAAGCAAAAUAAAAAUUUUGAUUCAAGCACUGACCGACCAGCCAGCCAACAUAGCAUUCUGGUGCUUAUUUUUUAUUUCAAGGGAAGCAAUC